UCUCAGUACCGAGCUCACUUCGGAGCAGAAUUUAAAACGAAGAAACGUGUAAGUCUACAGGUGAAAGAUGAUGACUCAAUACAGCUUACAAGAUUGCGUGUGGCGUCAGCUGAUAGAGGAAAUAUAUGCACCGUCUGGAACGCAUGAGCAACUGGCAGAAGUCCGUUUGAUGGUCCAGAACUUAAUCUACACGAGGUUCGUAUCGAUCGAGCCGUUCAGCGAAGCUGGCGCUGUGGGAGCCGGCAAUGCUCCGCCGGUAAUGCAAAAUGAAUCGUCCGAAGGUGCCGAUGAUGGUGAUGGUGUUCUAUCUUGGGCAGUCUGAGUCCUCUCUAUUCUGCUCGAGAUUUGGACACAAGUCGAGGCUUUCAGGGUAGGAAAUCCCCCAGCAAGAGAUCAAGACUUACAUGGCUACGAACACUGAUGAUUUGCUGCUAGCUCUAACACGGUUGCGUCUGAUAUUCCAAAUCACCAUAUUUCUGGUGGCACUGUGUCUUCUGUUUUGGGUCGCGUUGUUGCAUUGCAUCGGCAUCAGUAGGCGUUGAGGCGUUGAGGCUUUGAGGAUUUGAGGAUUUGAGGCUCGGCAGCAAUUUCAAUACUUUCCCGAUUUGGGUGUACCUGCCAAAAUCAUUUGCAAUAAAUCAGGAUGUGUACGUCGAAGGAGCAAUUCAGCAGACGCUGGCACUACGUCUCCAGACCUUUCAGACGGCGCACCCUUGAUAAUGAUGGGCUGUGCUCAGACACAGCACAGAAUGAAAAUCGUUAUCUUGUGAUUCCUGCCAAGAGUUUGCUUGGCUCUUUACAUCUCCAAGUUCGGCGCUUCUCGGCUGCGGAGGGAUUGUUCCUAAGUAGCAGGAAAACAUGGCGUGCACCAAAAGACAUGUCAACGCACGAAGCAUAAGAUCGAAAAACAGUACAAUCUGCGUCAUGAGGCUGCAAAGUCUGAUCAAACUUUCAACUCUGCAAUACAGAAUAGGGAUAACGCACGAGUCAAACAGAGCGUCUUCCUUACACUAACCCAAUUUUGUGUUACACCAGCUGAUUCGAGUCAAACGCUGUUGCAGGAGAUCUCAAUUCUCUCAAGUACGGCCAAUGUAGCGCAAGGCGGGGAAAUAUUCUAGUCUUCGAAUCCCGCCACUGUAUUUUGAGAUUGGCAGAAGCCGAUAAAGAGAUGGCUUCUUGUAUAGUUUUUGACGAAGCCGCGUAGAAGCUCUUGUAUAGAAAGCAGAGAUGGCUAUAGAGAAUGCGCAUGACUGAAGCAGUAAGAAUGAACACCAAGUCUGGAAUGCUGGUGAUCGCCCUGUGCCAUUUAGGGAUUCUUUCACCUCAUUGCUUGCUUCGAGCGAGUAUACGAGCAGUGGAGUCCCCGGAACAUACUGAAAUGAAUUUUGUUCUUACUCAACAUGCACUCGCAAAAUUGAGAGCAUGUUCCUCACUUGACGUAUUGAAAUGAUUCAGAGGAGUAUUCAUUCUUCUCAUUUUGCCUCUCGCUUUCUUCUCGGCCUGUGUAUGUCAAGCAAUCCGGUAAUUUAGAAACAUUGGUUGAAUUUGUGAUGGUUUGACUAGUCUUCUUCGGGUCAGCUAAUUCUGGGAUUGUCUGUGUCUUUUAAUUCCAGUGUAGCAUCUCGCAACCUGGGCACCGAAUCUGACAACCCUACUAUCGAGCUGGACUAGCAUACUCACCCACGAAUCCAAGAAUCCUGUUUUCAAGAGAUGUUUGAACCUCCGAUUGGGAUCUCCAUGCUGUACUGAAGAACCAUUGUAAUGUCCUGUCGAAGGAAAACAUUAUCAUAUUCGAGAGUAAACGCGAUCAUAUUGUACUUGCAAGAAGGUAUACUCAAUUACUUUGGGUACCAACUGUGAGACUCGUCGAUCCAUCGAUGCAACACCCGCAAGCCGAGCCAAGCCACUACCCAGCACUCCUCCCAAUAAAGGAGGAGUGUCAAUGUGUGUCAAUGUCCGGGAGUCACUGUUGAUGAUAUAAUGGUGCUUGAAAAGAAAGUGGUGUUUACGAAAGACGCGCAGCUUCUGUCCAAUACGGCUUUUGAGCAAAUUGAGUGAAAUAAUUGCUCUACAUAUUUGGUGCCGCAGAACUCCAAGACAGGAUGGACGUUGCUCCUGUCCCGGAUUUUGUCAACGGAGAGCAUGUUCGGCGACUGCAGAUGCAACUACAAGUUCGCCAUGGAAGCUGAGUGGACCGAUGGAGACGGGAACCGUCCAACGGGGUGAUCAAUACGUCUGCGAACCACGCGUGAGCAAAAUCCGCUACUUGAGGUAAAGAUUUUGAAGGGAAGCGGGGGCAAACGAG